AUGGACGACUCGGGCGCGUCCCUCUGCCGGUUCACGGAUCUAAGCCUGCGCAAGUUCCAGGCGCAGAAGAAGGCGACCCAGGGCGGUGCCGCCGCCUCAGCCGACACGACCCACCCCUCCUCGCCCUCGACUCGCACCGACGCGACCAGCGUGCCCGCGAGCCCCGCGUCGAGCAUCGCCAGUGUCCUCUCACGCGCACCACCGACCCUCGCACGCUCGCCAGCUCCGCCACCGGCACCCUUGCCUAACCGCCAGCUCGCCUCCCCACCAUUUCCUCGACCCGAACUCGCCGCACCUACGCCCCGACAGCCUGCGCCGGCUUCAGCCACGGCCCGUCUCUUUUCCCCUCCACCCACUCUGUCCACCUCGCCUGCACCCGCACCCGCACCCACAAUUGCGCCCGCCGCACCUCCUCCCGCACGCGCGCACCCGCAAGUGCACGUCCCCGCCCCGAUGCAGGCCGCCGCCGACUACUUUUCGCGCAUCCUGUCGCCGCCACCUGCGCGCUCGCAGCCCCUCAAGGCGCAGCAGCAGCAGCAGCGCCAGGUCGAGCCCGAGGGCCGGUCCGGGACGCCGUCAUCGUCGGCGCGCACCUCGUCGACGGGCGUCCUCGUCUCGCCCGAGCCGCCCUCGUCGCCUUCGUACGGGGCGAGCUCGACCUCGAGCGUGCGACCGCAGCCGCAACAGCCGCAGGAGCCGCAGCACGACGCGUCGCAGCUCGCCUCGCGCGUGCGCGAGCUCGAGGCGCUCCUCGCCGACGCGCCCGACCCGCGCGAGCUCGAGGGCCUGCGUGCGCGCGUCGAUGAGUGCGAGGGCCUGCUCGCCGAGGCGCCGGACCCGAGAGAGGUCGAGGGCCUCAGGGUGAGGGUCGAUGAGUGCGAGGACGAGUGCGAGGAGCUGAGGGCGAGGAGUCGGGGCGACGUCGAGCGGAUCGCGAACCUCGAGCGCGGCGUCUCGAUCGCGCGCGCCGCCCUCGCCGAGCGCCGCGACGAGCUCGACGCGCGCGAUGCCGAGAUCGACGACCUCGUCGAGCGCCUCGCACGCUUCGAGGAGCAGGACCUGCCCGCCCAGGUCGCGCAGCGCGACGCCCGCAUCGCCGACCUCGAGCGCGAGCUCGACGAGGCGCGCGCGCAGCCUCCUCUCGCGCCUGCGCCGGAGCCGGAGCCGGCCCCCGCGCCCGAGCCUGCGCACGACGAGGCCGCCGCAGCCGAGCUCGACGCCCUGCGUGUCUCGCUCGACGCGGCCGAGUCGCGCGCCGAGGCGCUCGAGCAGGCGCUCGUCGCCCUGCGCGCCGAGACGUCCGGGUCGGCCGAGGCGUUCCGCUCGCGGUGCGAGGAGCUCGAGGGCCUGCUCAGCCGGGCUGAGCAACGUGCGGAGGACAGCGGGCGCGAGCGGGACGCGCUCGGCGAGGAGAAGCGGACGGGCGAGGAGCUGAGGGAGCGGCUGAGUGGCGAGAGGGACGAGGCGCUGCGCGACGCGCGCGAGGUCAAGGAGGCGCUCGAGGAGAGGGUCAGGGCCGGCGAGGCGGACGCGCGGCGCGCGGAGGAGGCGAUGCGGGAGCGGGACGAGGCGAGGCGGGAGCUCGAGACGGCGCAGGCGGCGGCCCGGGCGGCCUCGCAUACGGCGGCGGGCGACGACCAGGACGCGGCGGUCGGCGCCGAGCAGCUGCAGGCUGCCGACGCCUCGCAACCCGCCGCCGCCGCCAUCGUCGUCGAGCGACUCGAGGCCCGCAUCGGCGAGCUCGAGCGCGAGGUCGAGGCGCACCUGUCGAGCAUCGACGAGCUCCAGGGGCGGUUUCAGCCUGCCGCCGACCUCGAGCAGCUCGUCGUGCGCCUGCGCGCCGACCUCGACGAGCGCGCACGGGCCGUCUUGCAGCUCGAGCUGCGCGUCAAGGACGGCGAGGAGUCGCUCGCGAGCGCGACGGCCGAGCUCGCCCAGCGCGACGAGACGCUCCGCUCGCUCGAGGCGCAGGUCGCGCAGGCGGGUGACGAGCGCGCAGACGCCGUCGAGCAGCUCGAGGCGGCGGUCAAGGAGCGCGACGCGGCGGUCGAGCGGCUCGAGAGCGAGGUCGAGCGCCUCGCGAGCGACGUCGAGACGCACUUGGCAACGAUCGCGGCGCUCGAGGCGCAGGUCAACGGCGUCGCUGUCGGCGCAGAAGCGGCGGCCCGGGCCGAGGAGCGCGUCGCCGCUCUUGAAGCUGACGUGGCGGCGCACCUCGCGACCAUUUCGUUCCUCGAGUCGGACGCCGCCGCUCGUGCCGCCGCCGCCUCGUCCCUCGAGUCGUCCCUUGAGUCGUCUCUCGCCACCGCCCAGUCCGACCUCGCCACCGCCCAAGCCGACCUCGACUCGUCCCGCACGACCGUCACCUCCCUCGAAACCUCCCUCGCCGACCUCCGCUCCUCGACCGCGACGCACACCGAGCGUGCCGCAGAGCUCGACCGCAUGAUUGAGCAGCUCGAAGGCGACAAGGCGGCGCUCGACGGCGAGCUCGACGCCGCACGGGCCCAGCUCGCCGCCGCCGAGAAGGAGCGUGACGAGGCCCGUGCGGCGGCGGACGGCGAGCGCGAGCGCGCCGAGGCGUUGCAGGGCGCUGUCGAGGAGUCGAAGGAGGCGCUCGCGGCGGCGCAGGCCGAGGCGGGCUCACUCCGGGACGAGAUCGAGUCGGUCCGCGCCGAGCUCGUCGCCGCCGAGGACCGAGCGGCCGCCGCCGAGCGCGACCUCGUUACGGCCAAGGAGAAGGCCGUCGAGGCCGAGGAGCAGAUGUCGUCGCUCAAGAACGAGCUCGAGCAGGCGCAACGCGUCAAGAAGGAGGCCGCAGACGCCGCCAAGAACGACAUCGACCAGCUGCGAGCCGACGUCGCCCGCCUGCAGGCCGCCGUCGACGAGAACCCGUCUGCGCGAGGUCGAGGCCGACUGCGCAAGCAGCUCGAGGCGCGCCCCGUACCUGUCGUCGCCGCCGCCGCCGACCCGUCUGCCUCGUCCCGCCCGUCGACGCCCGUGAACGCCACUCGCCUCAACUCGCUCGAGCGCGACCUCGGCGUGUUCAAGAACGUGCUCGCCGCGUCCGAGUCGCGCGCGACGGCGCUGCAGCACUCGCUCGAGGCGGCCGAGAAGGAGCUCGACGACAAGGAGGUCGAGCUGUCGCGCCUCGAGGGCGAGCUCGCCGCGUCGCACGCCAAGGAGCGCGAGCUCGAGUACUCGAUCGAGACGGUGACGUCCAAGGCGGCCCAGAGCGCGAGCGUCGCCGCCGACCUGCAGGACCGCCUCGACGAGCUCAAGGCGGGCGCCGCUUCGGGCUCGCGCUCGGGCGACGGCGCCGACACGCCGGCGCUCACCGAGGAGCUCGCAGACGUCCGGCGUGACCUCGCGAGGACGCACGGCGAGGCGCAGCAGGCGGUCCAAGCGAGGACGCUCGUCGAGGCCGACCUCGUCAAGGUCAAGGCCAGGGUCGACACGCUCGAGAACGAGCUGCGCGACAAGACCGGCGAGCUCGCUUCCGCACAAGGUCGCGCCACCACCCUCGACCAGCAGCUCUCGACCUCGCGAGCCGACGUCGAGCGCCUCACGUCGGCGCACGACGCCCUCCAGACGACCAACGCCGACCUCACGACCACGCUCGACGAGCUGCGCACCCAGCUGUCCGGCCUCACCUCGUCCUCGUCAUCCUCCACCGAGCAGACCCUCGCCCUCACGACCUCGCUCGCCCAGCUCCAGUCGUCCGAGUCGGCUCUCCGCGCCGAACUCGACUCGCUGCGCGCCGACCUCGCCGACGCUGAGCGCACCAAGCGCGAGGUCGAAGACGAGCUCGCCCUGUGCCGCGGCGAGGUCGAGGAGACGUCGGCGACGCUCUCGGCCGCCAUGGCCGAGCUCGACGCGACCAAGGACGAGGUCACCGAGCUCGAGCGCGCCGUCGAGCAGGGACGCGACAAGCUGCUGAGCGAGGGCGAGGCCAAGGCCAAGCUCGAGGCCGACGCAGCACGGCUCGAGGACGAGGUCAAGGCGCUGCAGGCGCGCGUUGCCGAGGCCGGCGAGUCGAGCACGGCGCUCGAGACCGAGCUGGCGUCGCUCAGGGCGACGCUCGAGGACAAGGAGGGCCUCGUCGCACGCCUCGAGGCCGACGCGGUCGAGCACGCCGAUACGGCCAAGUCGGACGAGCGCGAGUCGAACGAGCUCGAGGCGCUCCGGCAAGAGCUCGAGCUCGAGCGCGAGCAGCUCGGCGAGGCCAAGCAGUCGCUGCACGAGCUCCGAGCGCUGUACGCCGAGGCGCGGGACGAGGUCGACGCGCUGCGGUCCACCUCGCCCGGCGCACGCUCGCCGUCGCAGCCUGUUCCGCCUCCCGACGUCGACGACCUGCGCCUCCAGCUCUCGGACGCACAGGCCCGCAUCCGCCAGCUCGAGCAGGACAUCUUCGCGCUCGAGUCGACCCGGGUCAAGAUGCUGAAGGCCAACGGCGACCUCAAGGGCCAGGUCGAGAGCAUGAUGGCGGCGCUCGACGAGGAGCGCACCAAGGCGAGGACCAAGGAGCUCGAGCUCGCCGCGGUGCGCGCUCGUCCCGCGCGUUCUCCGUCUCGAGCCGGCCCGUCGACGCCGCCCUCGGCCGCCAACGUUCCCCUCCCUGCGACCCCGACCCGCACCCCGUCCCGCACGCACGCCCACCGCCGCACCGCGUCCAUCCUUCCCUCUGUCGACGAGCUGUCCGACCCGACUGCCGACACCGCCGUCGCCUCGAACGGCCGGCAACCCUCGAGCCUCGCACCGCUCGUCUCGCCGCCGCUUGUGCCCGUCGGCCGGCAGCAUGUCCGACAGGCGUCGCUCUCGCUCCUCAAGGCGCGCAUGGAGGACGAGUACGGCGUGCCGGACCUCGAUGCGGCAGGACCGCUCGUGUCGCCCGGUGCGGCGCCGGGCGCAGGACGAGGAGGAGGAGCAGGAGCGGGAGCGGGACCGGGCGCGAGGGCCAAGGUGGUGCGGGCGCCGCUCACGCACGACCUCGUGUGGUGCCACUGCUGCUCGGGAGACCUGCUCGUCGUAUAGAUUGUGUAGCUCGGAGACGAGGACGAGGAGGAGCAACUCGCAGCCGGCACUGUCCU